AUGCGUAGCUCUCAUAAUAGCAAGUUUGAGAACUGGAAUAUUCUGCUACUCGUAUUAUCAAAAGCUUUAAAUUAUGAGUAUCAAUUUCAUCACAAAACGACUGGCCUAAAAGCUUCCGUUUUGUAUUUAUAUAUUCCCACUCCGUAGUUGCAGGAUAUCUUCAUCUUUGUAUAUAUCAGCCUUGCAGCGCAAUAAGCUGCGCAUUGUAGCUCUCUUUCAGACAAACGGGCGCCGUAUAAGGUGCGAAUUCGAGCUGUCAGUGGGUUUCUCGAGUCUGGCUGGUUUAGAUUCGCUGGGUUUAAAUAACAGCUGCAGAGGCGUCGGAAGAAGAAGACGGUGAUGGGUAUCAGAGAUGAAGGUGGUAUGCGUGGUUCUGGGAGCUCCCAUGGCGACGGCGAGGUGGCUAUUGAAAUUCCAGAGACUGCUCAUCAAGUCAGCAAUGAUUCAUGGUUUCAAGUUGGAGUUGUUCUAAGUACCGGAAUCAACAGUGCGUAUGCUCUAGGGUAUUCUGGAACUAUUAUGGUCCCACUAGGUUGGGUAGGCGGUGUGGUUGGGUUGAUCCUAUCCACCGCUAUAUCGCUAUAUGCUAGUACGCUAAUAGCUAAGCUUCAUGAACUUGGAGGAAAGAGGCAUAUCAGAUAUAGAGACCUUGCAGGCUUUAUAUAUGGUCCAACUGCUUAUUCACUUAUUUGGGCAUUGCAGUCUGCAAAUCUAUUCUUGAUUAACACUGGGUAUGUUAUUCUUGGUGGCCAGGCCUUAAAGGCCUUCUUUGUUCUCUUUAGAGAUGACCAUGUGAUGAAGCUUCCUUACUUCAUUAUAAUAGCUGGAGUGGCAUGUCUCCUCUUCGCCGUUGCUAUACCUAAUUUAUCAGCACUUAGGAUCUGGCUUGGGGUUUCAGCUUUUCUUAGUUUGGUCUACCUUCUUGCCACGUUUGUACUGUCUAUCAAAGAUGGUGUAAAUGCUCCUCCUAGAGACUAUAACAUCCCGGGAACAAAAAUUGGCAAAAUAUUUACAACUAUUGGUGCAGCUAGCAACGUAGUGUUUGCUUUUAAUUCAGGAAUGAUUCCAGAGAUACAAGUUCUUUUGCACAACAUGCAAAGAAUUAUGGAAACUUUUGCCUUCAGGAAAAUGUUUUACACUCCCAAUCCCACAGCAACUAAGUAAGGGCCGCAAGGAAUUUUCACUUGCUUAGUACUUGAGGCUUUGUUUGGUCAAGGGGACAAAUGAAUAAGUGGGAAAGAAAGGCGAUAGAGUUUGAGAGAAAUAAAAAGUGGAAGAAAGAAAUGUCUGAGGAAAGGAGUUGAUUUUGUAUAAAGUUUUAUCCCUAUUUCUUCACACUAUAGAAGAGCUAUCAAAAGCCAAAAGUUAGGUGGACCCGUUUUAUUUAUUGCUUUGUUCCUUAUUUAUCCCCAAACCAAAAUAUCAUUUUUUCCCUCUCCUCACUUCUUUUUAUGUAUUCUUCCUUUCUUUCUUCCCGGUUUCUCUUCAAGCAUUUCAGUCAAUAGUUUAUCUUGAGUAUCAUCAUCAUCAUCAUCAUUGUUAUAGCUAUUAAUAUUAUAAUUAUUAUAAUUACUACAAUUAUUACUAACUUUUGCGGGGGUGACAGGCUACUGUUAAAGAACCUACGGUGAAGAACAUGAUGAAAGCACUUUACUUUCAGUUCACAGUAGGAGUGAUGCCAAUGCUUGCUGUUACAUUCAUGGGGUAUUGGGCUUAUGGCUCCAGCUCAUCGGCCUAUUUGCUAAAUAACGUCCACGGCCCAGUUUGGUUAAAGGCAUUUGCUAACAUAUGUGCUUUCUUGCAAGCUAUCAUCUCUUUGCAUAUAUUUGCAAGCCCGACAUACGAAUAUUUGGACACAAAAUAUGGGAUAAAAGGAAGCGCGUUCAUCCCGCGCAACCUGGGAUUCAGAACUUUGGUCAGGGGCGGCUAUUUAGUCCUCACCACAUUCCUUGCAUCUCUACUGCCUUUCCUCGGGGACUUCAUGAGCCUUACAGGGGCCACCAGUGUGUUUCCCCUCACAUUCAUUCUCACAAACCACAUGUACAUGGUUGCUAAAAGAAGCCGGCUGUCUUCCUUGGAGAAGAGCUGGCAUUGGUUGAAUGUUGUCUUCUUUGGUUGCUUUUCUGCUGCUGCUUUUGUUGCUGCCCUAAGAUUAAUUAUAGUCGACUCUAAUACGUACCAUGUUUUCGCUGAUUUGAUGUAUUAUUUCUUGUAGCAUUUUCUUUUGGGGUUAGCUUCAAUCCUGAAGACAAUGUAUGAGUGUAUUAUAAUCUGUAUAGACAGAAACAUAUGGGUGACAAAAAAACAGUUAGAAGGUGAUACUUUUUAGCAGAGUUUGUGAUACUUUUUUCAAUGGACGCUCUAAAAAGUAUUA